GCAAGGCAUUACUUGACAGAUAAACAUUGUGGCAAUCUAACAACACGUGCAUAUACCAUUUACUGCUGCGUUUAUUCGAAAUCGUUGUAAAACAGUUCCGCGACGUUUAUUUACAAUCGUUUUUAGCAUUUCAUUGGAAUUAAUUAGUUUGUAAAAGAUGUUGCGACGGCAAGCACGUUUACGACGUGAAUAUUUGUACCGUAAAUCGGUAGAAGAUAAACACAAACAGUUGCAAGAGAAGAAAGAUCGAUUGAAACGUAGUUUGGAAGAGGGUAUACCGAUUCAUGGGGAUUUAAGACGCGAAGCGAUUGCUCUUCAAGAAAAACUUAAAUGGACAGAUCAAGGGCCAGAAGCAGCCAAAGCGAUAGCCGGUUUUAGCGGUGGUGCAAACACAGUGAAUUCACAGGACGAUGAAUAUCGCUAUGCGGGCUGUGAAGAUCCAAAAAUUAUGAUUACAACGGCGCGUGAUCCAUCGGCACGGUUGAAAAUGUUUGUCAAAGAAUUGCGCCUAGUUUUCCCGAAUGCACAGCGCAUGAAUCGUGGUAAUUAUGAAAUGAAGCAAUUGGUGCAUGCGGCACGUGCAAACGAUGUCACCGAUUUGAUAUUUGUGCAUGAGCAUCGUGGUGUUCCAGACAAUCUAGUUAUCUGCCAUUUACCAUAUGGGCCAACGGCAUACUUUAAUUUAAGCGGUGUGGUUAUGCGACACGAUGUUCCCGAUAUCGGACCGAUGAGCGAACAGAAACCACAUUUGGUAUUCCACAAUUUCAAAACCAAAUUAGCCGAACGCACCACGUCCAUUUUGAAAUAUUUGUUCCCCGUUCCGAAAGAGGAUUCAAAACGUGUCGUUACAUUUGCCAAUCACGACGAUUACAUCGCAUUCCGGCACCACACAUUCAGAAUGGUAAAUGGCGAGACGGAAUUAACAGAAGUUGGACCACGAUUUCAAUUGAAAUUAUACCAAAUCAAAUUAGGUACAAUCGAUGAGGUGAAAGCGGCCGAUACGGAAUGGGUGCUCAAACCGUAUAUGAACACGGCGAACAAACGACGUUUCUUAUCGGAUGAAGAUGGUUGGAAACAAGACGAUGAUAUCGAAGUUAAUGAUUAAUUCUGUACGUUUUUUUUUCUGUCCUUCUCAAUAAAAUCCCUACGGUUAAAAAAUCAAGAAAAAAAAUUCGUGU